AAUGAUAUGAGAAUGGUUAGGGAUCGUCCACAAAUUUCGUCCCAUUAACGAGACGCUAUAAGACGAAAAAGUUAAAAAAAAUUCGUCUCGUUUUGUUCUUAAUUGAAAUUGAGACGAUUUAAAAAUCGUCUCAUAAAUAUCAGGAGACGAUAUUUUGUCAAUUCGUCUCAGAAUAAAAAAAGUGGAACAAAAUAUUUUAAGACGAAUUGAGACGAAUUGAGACGCUGCGGUAAAAUCACGGAGACGAAUUGAGACGAAUUAAGACGCUGCGGUAAAAUCACGGAGACGAAUUGAGACGAAUUAAGACGCUGCGGUAAAAUCACGGAGACGAAUUGAGACGAACUAAGACGACAGGGUUUCUUAAACACGAAAAUUUAUUUAAAAAGCUAGUGUUUUUUAAAGUGGUUUUAAUGUAUUCAGAUAUUUCAGAUAGCGACAGCGACCUAGAUUGGUUGUUUACGGACGAUUCUUUGUCCGAUGAUGAAAAUGAAGAUUACAUCAACGAAAUUUUACAAUGCGCUUCAAAAAAACGAGGCAGACCAGCGCUACACGAGCAACAUCCGGGCUUGGUUCCAUGUAUCGCAUCCUACAUAAGUCAGAACUCGGCCGAGGCCCAUUUGAGGCGCAGAGACAGUAUUAUGUACACAAAUGGUGUAAGCUUAAAAGAUAUUGUCUCUCACAUAAAAAGUACGCUCGGGUUAAAUGUGAGUAAGAGCGCAGUGCAUUACCUCAUGAGACCGAGGAGAAAAAAAACCACUUCGAGCAAGCGUCACAAAUCGUUGGUUGAUGCACGUGUUCCGCCCAAGCGCAACACGGGAGAAAAAAAGAUCCAUGAAGAUUUUCAUUUUUCUUGCUCCCAAGUUAACUUGGUUAAUGAGUUAGCGCAGUUAUGCAAUGAAAACACAAUCUCCUUGUCAGUUGACAACAAAAACAAGGUGGAUGUUGGUAUUCCCGCCACGAGUAGACGUGCGCAAAUCCGACGUUAUCACAUCGAAAAUGAGGCUCCCAUUUACAAUGACCACGACUUCCCCUAUCCGAAUAGUAAAUUAACCCCAGCAGGUUAUCAACAAUUAAAGGUGAGAAUAACAAGAUCACGCUCAUUAUCUCCAACCCGCCAGCCUUUAAAAAUAAAUAGAAAAAGGUCUUUGUCUGAAGGAAGCAGUUUUCUGGUCCUAAAAUCAGAAAGAACCAAGGACAAAGUUGGUAGAAGCAAAAUCAAAUGGUCCCGUAAAGGUCCGCUUUUCAUACAUUUAUAUCCUUCACGUUUAGUAGAAGCCACCAACGUCAUGCAUGUAAAAUGUCUUACAAAAUAAAUUUUAGAUAUUUCUAACUAUGAUUUAUCAUAGUUAAUAGAAAUAUCUAAAAUUUAUUAACUCCCUAUUUUAACUUUUCUUCGGGUAUAGGUUCAGCAUGUUUAUGUUUCUCAUAACAUACUUAAAAAAAGAAUCAAACUGAUAAAAAAAACGACAACUCACUCGCACGUGUGCUCUGACCCUCUGAAACCAAUGAAUGAAUCACGAUUCGAACACAGAGCAGAAGAUAAAAAUUGUUACAUUUUUCCUCUUGAAAAAUUCGAAAAGGACGGUUUCUCUUAGCUCCCCAACAUAACAUUUAAAUGUAUUAAGUUAAAAAGAGCUAAUAUACUGAAAUGUACGAACCAUUACAGGCAGAAUACACCUAAAUACACCUAAAUACACCUGAGAACAAACAUCUUGACAUAAAUUUUGCUUUUAUCCCUGAUCUGUGUACUGGUUUCGUUUAGUUAAUGAAUACCAUGUUAAGGCUAUUUUCUACCUCAAGAAAAUUUUCGGCGAUUUUUGAUUGGCUAAUUUUAAUGUUUUUCGAUGAUGUGACGUUUGCGGAGGAACGCCAGCCAUUUCGAAUAUAUCUCCCAGUAAAGACGAGCUAUGUUUCGCAUCUAACUAUCUAUAUUUAAUAUCUAUAUAUUCCUUCCUAACAACAUAUUUAAAGAAUCCUAAUCUUAAAGAAUAUUUAUGGCUAAAUUCAGUUUCAGAUAUACUUACCAGUAAAUAUCGAAAAUAACUCAAGAUUCCAUCUGUCACGACCAAUAAUAAUAUUUUUUGUGAGAUUUGUUUCGCUUUUCCACAACAUAGUUCCAGCUUCGAACGACGAAGUUUGCUGUGAUAAAAUGUUGCCAAGUUUGAUAAAUAUACAGACCGUAACAUUCAACAAUCGAACGAGUACAAACAAUGUAGCUUAAGUUAAUCAGUAGCUGUGCCACUGCUAGCCAGGAGACCCAGCGUAAUUUUUCUUACCACCGGGAAAUCGGAGUAGUUAAGGUGGGAAAAUUACGCUGGGUCUCAAACGAUUUUUCUGCGGCCAAAAUCUGGCCGCGCUUUUUGAUUGGCUAAUUCUAUUGUUCUCUGCUCACGUGAUUAUUAUCGGGGAAAGCCCUUUUCAUCCCGAAUAUUCCAGCGAGUGGUUUCACUCACCCUAACAAACAUUAGUAUUCUACAAAGUUUUUACCAAAGUAAGAUUUGACCAAGCUUGGUAAACAACUCACAGAUAAAUUAAAAUGUCCUCCGAAGCGAUUAGUCACAUUGUUCGAUUUAAACUCGGGGUUUCCGCUGAGUCAUUCGUUCGCGUCUAAGCUUUAGUUUGAGAGAAACUCAUUUUAUCAACUGAAGAAGAAAGCUUAGUUAACUAGGCUAUGCCACUGCCGUUCCGCUAGAACAAUGGAAUAAUUUCUUUUUCACGGAACAAAAUCACGCUGGGUCUCCUGGCCAAGAUUUUUAAAGUUUCGUGUUAAACUCACGGAAGUGUUCGAAAAUAUUUUUCAACUUUUGAGACGAAUUUAUUAUAGCAGAGACGAAUUGAGACGAUUUGAGACGAAUUAAGAAAAUUCAUAGACGAAAUGAGACGAUUCGGAGACGAAUUUGUUUUUAAAAUAUGAUAUUCGGAGACGAAUUUGUGACUAUCAGGAGACGAUAUGAGACGAAUUAAGACGGUUAAGACACUACAAUGUUAUCACAAAAAAUCGUCUCGUAUGAAAGAGUUAAGACGAACAAAACAAAUUUACAAGACGAUUUAAAAUGAGCCGAAUUUAGACGAAAUUUGUGGACGAU